GAGAAACAUUUUGGCAAAUGAUCCAAACAUUCUCCAAAUAAACCCUAGGGUCUUAAUUCCAUAAUCAUUUUUAUCUGAAAUUUUCUUUCUUUUCAUUUUGGUAUUUCUUUACAUCAAUUUUUAUAUCUAUGUCAACCGUAGCAGCUCAGUCUUUCAAUGGCAACCUUAAGAAAGCAGUUGCGGGUAUUAGGCGCAUCAAUUUGGAAGGACUGCGGUGGAGAGUAUUCGAUGCCAAAGGCCAGGUUCUAGGGCGAUUAGCAUCACAAGUAUCAACAGUGGUUCAAGGAAAAGAUAAGCCUACGUAUACUCCUAAUCGUGAUGAUGGGGAUAUGUGUGUUAUACUUAAUGCUAAAGAUAUUUGUGUCACCGGGAGGAAACUUACUGACAAAUUUUACCGAUGGCACACUGGGUAUGUUGGGCACCUUAAGGAAAGAAGUUUGAAGGACCAAAUGGCCAAGGAUCCUACUGAAGUUAUUCGGAAAGCUGUACUUCGCAUGCUUCCAAGAAAUAAACUGCGUGAUGACAGAGAUCGUAAACUGAGAAUAUUCCCAGGCAGCGAGCACCCAUUCGGUGACAAGCCCCUCGAACCAUUUGUAAUGCCACCCCGGAAAGUUCGUGAAAUGCGUCCACGUGCAAGAAGAGCCAUGGUACGGGCUCAAAAGAAGGCUGAACAACAAGAAGGUGGCAACAAAUCUAGCAAAGGUAAAAAGAGAGACGAAGCAUCACAACUGAGUGCGUGAAUUCUGGAGCUGUUAUCUACUAUGUAGACCAAAUGUUGACUCGCUGUUUCAGGAUAUGUAUUUUUUGGUUUUUUCAUUAGCUGCUUCUCUGUUGGCAUUGAAUAACAAAAGCAUGUCGCUUGCUUUGCUUCCAUUGUCUGGAACAUUCACAGGUCCAUUGCAUCAUUACUUUGUAGGUUUGACAACGGAACAUUGCUGUGUACUAAUCCAAGUCAUCUUUUUAUUAAACCCGGUGUCCAGGAUUUGCUAAACGGGCACACAAGGUUAGAUGUAAAAUCGAAGAUGGGAUAUUAGUUUGUUGGGUAAGUGUAUUUGUCGGUGUAUUAUGUAUGUAUUUACUGUGUUGUGGUAGUAUAUUACUAUGUUUGAGUGGUUCAGAGCUUUAA